UCCGGAAGUGAUCAUUAUGUGACCUUCACCUAGACGGAGACAUGAUAGUAACUCCUCCUCCUUUGUGAUGUAUGAUCAGCACAAUCCCAUUUCCUGUGGCUAUGGAGUUCUAUAUUCGCUUUAAAAAGCCGGCAGCACACAUAGGAAUUUAUUUAGGCCUGUUGCGGUUGCCCGUUUUGAUUCGAUCUGCGUUAUUUGUAUUAAAUUGAUCCCCUUGUCUUGUUUCUCAGAAUACCGACAUUCACGGCUUCAAGCCACGAGGUUCGAUCAUUCCUUUUUUUUGUAAUGUCGGAGGGUUCAUAUUAGUAAUCUUAUGAGAUGAACCGAGCAGUGGUUUCCAGAACAGACAGUUCUCCUAUAAUUUUCCUUCUAUAGGAGGGUUUUGAGUCUUUUGACACUCUUUGAGUGUCUUUUUAUCGUAGGCCCUAUGUGCGCAUGUUGACCCCGUUGUGAGUGCUAUCAAGUACACACUGACACAGCUCCCCAUAAAAGCCAGAGUUUGGCAGGGAUCACAAGAUGAGAUCAUGACCUUCCAUAUCUAGUCAACCAAUGGAUAUAUCUUUAAAUGUAACUCUGAAGUUGAAACAACCUAACCCUAAAUGAUUAUUGCAUAAUAUUGAAUGCAACAUGGCAACAGCUGUUGUUAUUGGUGGAGGUGUUAGUGGUCUUGCCUCAGCAUUGUAUAUACAGAGAUCUUUGCCACAAUUUUCUAAGGUAAUUCUACUUGAAGGCAGCAGUCAAGUAGGAGGAUGGGUUAAUACCACUACCUAUCCUGAUGGAGCUAUUUUCGAACAUGGUCCUCGAAGUUUACGUCCAGUGGGUGAGGCUGGCAGAAACACACUUUUGUUGGCUGAAGAGCUUGGCCUAACCAAGCAUGUUUUACCAAUAUUUCCUUCUGAUCCUGCAGCUAAAAAUAGAUAUUUGUUUGUUGAUGGGAAACUAUGCGCUUUACCCACCAAUGCGUGGAGCAUGUUCAAAAAACUGCCACCUUUCACCAAGCCUCUAAUAACCUCACUUUGGAAGGAACCUUUUCAUAGAAGGAGUAAUGAACAGGAUGAGUCUAUUUACAGUUUUGUAAGCCGAAGAUUGGGUCCAGAGUUUGCAGAUAUUGCUAUAGAUGCCCUUUGCAGAGGUAUUUUUGCAGGUGACUGCAGAAAGCUUAGUGUUCAGGCAUGUUUCCCACCUCUUUAUGAAAUGGAGAAAAAAUAUGGCUCCUUAAUAGCUGGAGCUGUUUUUGGUUUCAAAGAUCCCAAAGUUGAAGCUACUGGCUUAGUCAGGCGAGCUAUUGAAGAUAAGUGGGCCUCCUGGUCAUUAUCUAGAGGGCUUCAACAAUUGACCGAUGCUAUGGCUGCCUCAAUACAGAACACAAAAGAAGGUGAAAUAAGGCUGGACACUAAGGUCACUUCUCUCAAGCGAAAUCAAAAUGGUAAAAUUAUAGUCUCUACCCCAUCAGAUUCUAUUGAAGCUUCUCUUGUUAUAUCUGCUGUCUACAGUAAAGGUAAGACAAAGACUGCUUUAUUGAUCCUUUAAAAAAUUUGUUGUGAUUACAAGGAUUCUUUUCAAGGUCCCUGGUCAAUGA